AUGGAAGGGAUUCGCUAUGCUACAGUUAGGAUGCAGGCGAGAGAAUUCAAGCGGAACGAUCGCCCUGCACUGGGGACGAUCGCCCUGCACUGGGGACGAUCGCCCUGCACUGGGGACGAUCGCCCUGCAUGGGGACGAUCGCCCUGCACUGGGGACGAUCGCCCUGCAUGGGGACGAUCGCCCUGCACUGGGGACGAUCGCCCUGCACUGGGGACGAUCGCCCUGCAUGGGGACGAUCGCCCUGCACUGGGGACGAUCGCCCUGCACUGGGGACGAUCGCCCUGCACUGGGGACGAUCGCCCUGCACUGGGGACGAUCGCCCUGCACUGGGGACGAUCGCCCUGCACUGGGGACGAUCGCCCUGCACUGGGGACGAUCGCCCUGCACUGGGGACGAUCGCCCUGCAUGGGGACGAUCGCCCUGCAUGGGGACGAGGAGAAAAGCAGCAUGCAGUCUCAAUCUGGGAUCGUGGACGUGGUUGAUCUGCUGUCCGGCCCCAUCUGGCACAUCAUCUUCCGCCACCUGCUGCUGGGUAGCUCCUCCGGCGCACCACAAGAGGGAGGAGCAGGCAGCGCCUCCGGCGCAUCACUUCUUAGUCGACUCAAAAAGAAUCUGCAGAGUCUGGGUAACUCCUCGGGCGCAUCACAGGAGGGAGCAGGCAGCACCUCGCCGGGUGCCACUGGGAGUGGACUUCUGAGUCGACUGAAAAAGAAACUGCAGAAUUGGGGUAAUUCCUCGGGCGCAUCGCAGGAGGGAGGAGCAGGAGACGCGUGCUUCGGCUCCUGCUGGCCUCUGCUGCGCUGCGCCAUGGUCUGCAAGAGGCUCCUCCACCAUGUCGCCUCCUUCCCCGAGUUCGAGCCCAUGAAGCUGACUAUCAACUCCGAAGACCCCGCGCUCACACGUCUCUCGGGAACGCUCUCUGUCUUCCUCACGCACGCGCCUCACACGCCCCUCAAUGUCGUUCUCAGCAGCCCCCAGGACCUGCACUGCCUCGGCCGUCUCUUGGGACCCUCUGCGCGCUCCCUCACAACCUUGUCCCUUGAGCACAAAGAAAUGAUCCCUUGGAGGCAGUUGCUGCUGCAUUCAGAAUUUCUGGGGGAGUUUGAGCAGCUGCAGAAGCUGGUGCUAGGAAGCCGUGGGAUUUGGAAAUUAGGCAGCCUGAAUCCAGCAAUGUUCCAAGCCUUAAGGAGUCUGAGCAUCCACGAUUUCGAGUGCGAGAAAAAUGCUCUGCCCUUUCUUUCAUCCGUCGCACCGCAACUGCAUGAAUUCGCUCUCGCCUCCUCCAGCUUCGGCUCUGCCUCUGCCACCCUCACUCUCGAUUUCAAGCUCACCGCUGCUCGAUCUAUCACAGUCUGCUUAGAGCAACAAGCGCUCCACCUCCGCUUCGCCCUGCCUGCCUCUUUGAAGUCCUUUUCUGCCACUGCGGCGAGUCUCAACGUGGAUUGCACAUGCAACAGCCGGCUCUCUCUCGACUCGCUCUCUCUCAUUGGCCGCUCGCAGCUUCUCGUUUCUUCACUACCAUUGGCUGCCGCCAAAUCCCAUAGCGCCUACAGUGGAGAUGCUUGUAUUGAGGUACGGCUGGCCUCUGGAGGGCAUGCGUGUGGAGUGGAGCCGCCUUCGUUGCGUUUUCAUCGGUGUAGAGAGGUGUGGGGGGAUUAA